CAAACAGCACAAGUGGCACUCGGCAGCGGGAGGGGCCCCAGCCUCCCCCGGCCACCCGAGAGCCCGUAAAUGCCCCCGGGCCCGGGCUGGCAGAGGGACAGGAGCGCACGGAGAGAUGGAGGACAGCUCCAAAGAGGCGCUGAUGGAGGAGGCACCUCCGAGGUACACGGAGUCCCCGCGCCUGCCCUGCAUCCCCCACGAGCUCAAGAGCCUCUUGCUGGUGGUGGCGCUGGUGGUGGUGGCCCUCGUGGUGGUCAACGUCGCCUUCCUCCUGCUGGGGCUGCACCUCAGCGAGUCACACGCCGAGACGGUGCUGCGGAUGAGCAUCCGCGGGCCGGACGGCGAGGGGAGCCCGCAGGAGCUGGCCGUGAGCCACACGGGAAGGAGCGGCUCGUUCGCGGUGCGGGACGGGCCCAACGCCUCGGCAGCCGUGGUGUACGACUACGGCAAGCUGCUGGUCGGCUACAGGUCCUGGCGUGGCCGCGCCUGCUACAUCACCCGCGUGGACAAGGACAACAUGCCGGGGCUGGACGCUGUCACCGAGACCUUCCAGCGCCGGCAGGGUGAGGACGCUGGGGACAAGGCCGUGCCCCUGGCUGACCGCUCCAUCCUGGGCACCACCAUCAACAUCCUCUGCAGCGCCGUGCCCGUGUUCUGGGCGUAGCAGCGGCUCCAGCGGGAUGCGACAGCGAGACGGGGAUGCCACUGUCCCCCACUGUCCCCUUCCAGGCGGGAAUCUCUCCUCCUCCUCCUCCUCCUCCUCCUCGUCCCCACCCCGCCACGGGGGUGCUCCACCCACUGUCGCUUGGCAUCGCGGCUUUCCCACUGCCCUGGCCCUAAAAAAACUGGGAUUUGCUUUGGGAUUUGCUUCUGUCUACAAAGUAAAGGCUGUGCCCUCCGCCUC